AUGAAAAUUUUGUUGCUAGUUUUAGGGCUUUUGACAAUCACUGCUUUUGCUGCUCAUGAGAUCCAAGUAAACAGUGCUGAUGAUAUUUUGAGACAUCUUCAAGGAAAUAACUAUAAUAUCUAUUUGAUCCAUUUCUUCGAGUCUGCUAAGAACGAUCAAGCUACUGUGUCUACUAAUAAGGAUCUUCAAACUGCUAUGAAUAAAAUUCUGUCUUCAAACCCAGAUUUCUUCCAUGCUACUAUUGAUCUUUCUCAACAUGAGUUAACCAGACUCGGAAGUAUCAUUGGGUUGACCUCCACUCCAAGUAUUCUGCUCAUUGUGCACGGAAAAGGAGUCUGGGUUUCAGGACAAAGUGCUGAUUUGGUGACAGAGAGACUCAGAGAUUUCCUACCAAAGUUUGUACAAGCAUCAGCUCACCACUCUAACCCAUAUUAAUUUACAAAAACGUUUG